UCCCGGGAUGGAGAGCGCUGAUUGGUUCCGCGGAAAAGGAUAGUACGAUACGAAUCUCGCCGUUUCUCCUUUGAAAGGUUGAUGUUUUCGGCAUCUUGCGGGUUCCCAGAUUCUGCCCAGACCGAGUUUAGGACGUUAUUUCUCCCGUACGUUUGUGCCUUGGGCGUUACGGUUGCUUGUUGUUCGUUAGGACGUUGUUAGGUAUGAUGCGGGCAGACUAGCAGCAUCAUGUGUAUGAAGAAGGAAGGGUGUAUGCCGGAUGUGGAUAUGGACGACACCUGGACCACGGUGGCCGUGUGUGUGGGCUCCAUGAUCUCUCUGGGGUUUGUUUACAUGGCGUACAUGGCUUUCCGAUACGGGCUGCUGGACCCACCCAAGUUCACCUGUCUGCAGCUCGUCUACAGUUGUGGAUCCAAAGUCAAUGUCAAAGCCAACGAUCCCCCCGAGCCGAUCCGGAGAUUGUCUGUAGCUCGUCUACAGAGAUGUUGGGGUGACGUCACAGUCUGUCCCAGGGUGUGCCUAGUCACAGGCUCAGCUCUCUGUCCCAAGGUGCGCCAACGUGUGUACCGGCUGCGGUCCGCCAUGUGCAAUAAGAAGAAGGACCCUGAGUGCGACUUUGACCUGACUGACGACUGGACGCUGGUGGCCAUCAUCAUUGGCUGCCUGAUCAUGCUGGGGUUCGUGCAGAUGACCUACCUGGCCAUACGGUACGGCCUCAUGGACCCGCCCAAGGAGGAAGAGCCACCGAAAAGAUACAGGAGGAAGAGGAAGACUCCAAAGGCAGCGGCGACAAGCAGACAGAGGAGUCGGCUGUGUGAUGACGUCAUCUCCAGAUAUGCAAUUCCCCCGUUUUCCGCAAGGUGGCGGACCGGCGACUUUGGCUGCCUUACCGGGCCGUGCAUGGCGCAGAGCUCUAACGUUAUAUAUAACAGUAACAAACUCACCGUAACCUCGGACAAACCGCUCUCUAUGAUAACCAUUACCGCGUGCGCAAUCAGCUUUGUACAUAGCUUGCCAUGGCAGCGAAAGGAAACGGAAACUACCCGGAGGGGAAGGCUGGCUACAAGGCGGGGAAAGCAGCUGGUUAAGAUAAGGGGGAAGCUAGGAAACGAACCGUUAGGCUGUGUCGCGGGAAGGCAGAGAGAAAAGAAGCCUUUUCACCAGGACCAGAUCAUCACAAGGAGACAAGGGCGCGAUCCGCGGACAUUGGACGACUUGUUGGUGCUUACACGUAAUAUCACUAUGGACGUGUCUGUCCAAACAGACGGGUACCGCUACCAGGCGGAAGCGGAACAAGGUACCACUAGCAGACAGACGGGUACCGCUGCCAGGACGGGUACCAGGCGGGAAGCGGCCAGCAUGUCCGGUGCGGAAGCGGUCAGCAUGUCCGGUGCAGGCGGCCGUGUGUACGACCUGUGCGUGGUGGGGGCGGGGAUGGUCGGCUCGGCCGCCGCUCGGCACGCGUCUGAGGACCCGGGCGUCCGGGUGUGUCUGGUCGGGCCCGGGGAGCCACAGGAUCGACAAAUGAACCGCACUAUUUUUGGCGCGCAUUACGACGAGGGCCGCAUCACCCGUGCCCUCGACCCUGACCCCACCUGGGCACUACUUGCACAGAGAUCCAUCCGCAGAUAUCGUGACUUGGAGAGAAAAACCGGUAUCAAGUUCUUCCAUGACGUCGGGUUUCUCGUGGUCGGCACUGCUGAAAGCGAUUACGUCAGAGACGUGCUGAAGAACUCGCGAUCUGAUGACGUCACCCUCCGGACGCUUUCCCGCGCUCAGACCAGGGAGAUGUUCCCUUAUUUGGACAUCGGGGAGGGGAUGGUGGGGCUGCUCGAUUCCCGGAACUGCGGACACGUCUCCCCCAGGCGGCUUGUGAGCGCACUGCAGACUGCAGCACACCUGCAGGGGUGUGACGUGGUUGAUGACGUGGUCUCCUCGGUAGAAGCCCCUGCCGGCUGGGCGAGACGCGCAGGCGCCAACCUGGCGGUGCGGACCGAGACGGGGGCCGUUAUACACGCCCGGCGGGUGCUGCUGGCCACGGGAGCCUUCACCACGUUCCGCCGCCUGCUGCCGCCGGGGCUCCGGCCGGACGUCAGGCUCACCGGACAGACAGUCGCACUGGUGGAGAUUAGCGAGAGUGACGCCGAUCGCCUGCAGCGCAUGCCCAGCAUGGUCUACCGGCACCCGACGGACCCGGGGAAAUGGUUCUACAUCCUGCCGCCGAUUCGCUACCCCGACGGCAAGUAUUACCUGAAGAUCGGGCACGGCGGCCGCUGGGAGGCGCUGUUGCACAGUGAGGAGCAGGUCCGGGACUGGUUCCUGUCCGGCGGGGAUCCGGACGCCAUCCGCGUCAUGGCGGCCGCGCUCAUGGAACUCGUCACCGGAGUGAAGCCGCUCUCUGUCCACGGCGACGCAUGCGUAACGGUCAAGACGCCGACAGAACAGCUGUACGUUGCCAUGGUAACCCCGUCGCUGGGCGUGGCCCUGGGUGGCAACGGGUGGGCGGCGAAGUCAUGUGACGAAAUCGGACGAAUGGCAGCGAAGAUGAUCCUGAAGGGCCAAUGGGACCACGACCUCCCCGGGGAUCGGUUCAGAGUCAGAUGGGUUGAAAAAACGCAGGCGAAAUCUAAACUGUAACCCGUUUGUACAACCUGCUACACGAGUAGGGAAACGCUGAACUGUCUACGUGGUAAAUACGAUUGUUUAUCCGUGUUG